CAACAAGAAGCAGGUGUGGAUAUUUAUCUCUCUAUCCUGAGACUUUGUUCUUCGUCUACCUCACACUCACUUAGCCAUGGCUUGUUCUGCUCCCUCUGCUUCUCUUCUCUCUUCAAACCCUAAAAUCCUCUUCACUUCCAAAUCCUCUUCUUCUUCUUCUGCUCCUCUCUCCUUCCCCAAUUUCUCCAACUCUCUCUGCAAACCAUUGCGCACUUCCCUCCAUCCCUCCAUUUCCUUCAACCGCUCCUCUCGUUCUCCCAGAAGCUUCGUUGUUAGGGCCUCUAGUGAACUUCCAUUAGUUGGGAAUAAAGCGCCGGAUUUUGAAGCAGAGGCUGUUUUUGAUCAGGAGUUUAUCAAGGUCAAGCUAUCUGAAUACAUUGGGAAGAAAUAUGUUAUCCUCUUUUUCUACCCAUUGGACUUCACAUUUGUUUGUCCAACAGAAAUCACUGCUUUCAGUGACCGGCAUGCAGAAUUUGAGGAAAUAAAUACAGAGAUAUUGGGUGUUUCCGUUGACAGUGUGUUCUCGCACCUUGCAUGGGUUCAAACAGAAAGAAAGUCAGGGGGUCUUGGUGACUUGAAUUAUCCUUUAGUUUCUGAUGUCACCAAAUCUAUAUCAAAAUCUUAUGGUGUUCUUAUUCCUGACCAGGGGAUUGCAUUGAGAGGAUUGUUCAUUAUUGACAAGGAAGGGGUUAUCCAGCACUCUACCAUUAACAACCUUGGAAUUGGUAGAAGUGUUGAUGAGACCAAGAGAACACUCCAGGCCUUGCAGUAUGUGCAGGAGAACCCAGAUGAAGUUUGUCCUGCUGGGUGGAAGCCUGGUGAGAAGUCCAUGAAGCCAGACCCUAAACUUAGCAAAGAUUACUUUGCUGCGGUGUAGGGAGAGUAGCAUCUGCUCAUCUGUAUUGAGUCCUUUUGUAUUUUAAGCGGCAGGGUCUGCUAUAAAUGCAUGCUGGUGUAACCUGGAUUUUGGAGUGAAUUAUGUAUUAAUUUUAUCAUUUCUUCUGUUUAUUAAAAUGUGUAUGAAUAAUGCUUUGAUAUGGGAGCUUAAGACUAUGUUCGGAUA